GGCGGCGCACGGCGCAUGCUCGGUGCCCUUUGUGUCCCGGGCUGGUUGGCUGGCGGGCGGCUGGCUCGGCAAAGGCCCGGCCGAUCAGGGGGAGCGAGAGUACGGUCGCCGGGGCCCGCUCUGAAGACGAGGAGGAGGAGGAGAGAGGAGGAGGAAGAGGUGGAAGAACAAGGAGAAGAGUUGAGAGGCAGCGGCGGGCGCAGCUCCGCCAUGGUGAAGAAGCGGAAGGGCCGGGUCCUCAUUGACUCCGACAGCGAGGACAGCGCCAGUGAGGAGAACCUGUACCAGGAGCUCCUAUCAUUGGCCAAACGGAAACGUGGUGACUCUGAGGAAAAGGAAACACCUGCCAGCAAGCCUACAGCAUCUUCUGAUUCUGAAACUUCAGACAGUGAUGUUGAGUGGACAGUUGGAGGUUCAAAAAACAAAAAGAAAGGGAAAGCUGGGAAGGCAGAGAAAAAAGGAGCCAUGAAGAAACAGACGAGUAAAACAGCCUCAUCAGGCAGCUCUGAUAAAGAAAGUUCUGCAGAGAGCUCAGCACCUGAAGAAGGUGAAGUCUCUGACUCAGAAAGCAAUAGCUCUUGCUCCAGCUCAGACUCCGACUCAUCAUCGGAAGAUGAGUUUACUGAUGGCUAUGGAGAAGACCUUAUGGGUGAUGAAGAAGACAGAGCUCGUCUAGAGCAGAUGACAGAAAAAGAAAGGGAGCAGGAGUUGUUUAACCGAAUAGAGAAGAGAGAGGUUCUGAAGAGAAGGUUUGAGAUAAAGAAGAAAUUAAAGACUGCAAAAAAGAAAGAAAAGAAAGAGAAAAAGAAAAAACAAGAAGAGGAACAGGAAAAGAAGAAGCUCACUCAGAUUCAGGAAUCCCAGGUAAUGUCGCACAAUAAAGAGCGACGGUCAAAGCGGGAUGAAAAAUUGGAUAAGAAGUCCCAAGCCAUGGAAGAACUGAAAGCAGAAAGGGAAAAGCGGAAGAACAGAACAGCUGAAUUGCUUGCAAAGAAGCAGCCAUUAAAAACAAGUGAAGUGUAUUCAGAUGAUGAAGAGGAAGAAGAAGAUGAUAAAUCUAGUGAGAAAACUGAUCGUUCAUCCAGGUCUUCAUCUUCUGAUGAGGAGGAAGAGAAAGAAGAAAUUCCCCCCAAAUCGCAACCAGUGUCCUUGCCUGAAGAACUGAACCGGAUUCGAUUAUCUCGACACAAACUAGAACGGUGGUGUCACAUGCCUUUCUUUGCUAAAACAGUCACUGGCUGCUUUGUGCGCAUUGGAAUAGGAAACCACAACAGCAAACCAGUUUACAGGGUGGCAGAAAUAACUGGUGUUGUAGAAACUGCAAAGGUUUAUCAGCUUGGGGGUACCAGGACAAACAAAGGGUUACAGUUAAGGCAUGGCAGUGAUCAGCGAGUAUUCCGUUUAGAAUUUGUCUCCAAUCAAGAAUUCACAGAGAGUGAGUUUAUGAAGUGGAAGGAAGCUAUGUUCUCUGCUGGGAUGCAGCUACCCACGUUAGAUGAGAUAAACAAGAAGGAAGUGUCCAUCAAAGAAGCUCUCAACUACAAAUUUAAUGACCAGGACAUUGAGGAGAUAGUAAAAGAGAAAGAGAGGUUCCGAAAAGCACCACCAAACUAUGCCAUGAAGAAAACGCAGCUGCUGAAAGAGAAGGCCAUGGCAGAGGACAUGGGAGAUCAGGACAGGGCAAAACAGAUUCAAGACCAGCUUAAUGAGCUGGAGGAACGGGCAGAGGCUUUGGAUCGCCAGCGGACAAAGAACAUUUCAGCCAUCAGUUAUAUCAACCAGAGAAAUAGAGAAUGGAAUAUUGUGGAGUCUGAAAAGGCAUUAGUGGCUGAAAGUCACAGUAUGAGAAACCAGCAGAUGGAUCCCUUUACACGGCGGCAAUGUAAACCCACGAUAGUCUCUAAUUCCAGAGAUCCUGCUGUCCAAGCUGCUAUCCUUGCCCAGCUGAAUGCAAAAUAUGGAUCUGGUGUAUUGCCAGAUGCUCCAAAGGACAUGACCAAGAGUCAAGGGAAAGAUAAAGAUAUGAAUUCGAAAACAGCCAGUGACCUCUCAGAGGAUCUCUUCAAAGUGCAUGAUUUUGAUGUGAAGAUUGAUCUCCAGGUUCCCAGUUCAGAGUCCAAAACAUUGGCUAUCACCUCCAAGGCUCCCCCAGCAAAAGAUGGUGCCCCUCGGCGAUCACUGAACCUGGAAGACUACAAGAAAAGGCGGGGGCUAAUUUGAGCAUACCUGCUCUUGGCUGCUUCUGAUCCUGCAUGCUACAUGAUGUCUCACCCUUUAUUUUCUUCCCUCUUCAGUUUGCCCUUCUGGGUUGCAGCAGCAAUAGAGCUGGGAAGAGACUCUUCAGAACUGCCAGUCAUCUGUAAUAUAAACCAUUGACUCUUUACUGUAUAGACCUCCCUCUUGCUCUUUCCUUCUGCCACCCACAAAUAUGAUCUGUGCUAUUGGGGUGGGGGUGUUGUUGUUUUUUAAUGCAGCUAAUUGGCGUUGGCUGUGUGUCUUCAGUGUUAACCUGGAACCUGGAUUUCUGCAGAAACUUAUUGGUGGCAGAAGCAGUGUUGGCACUUGGCUGUCUCACCACCACAAGCAAAGAAAGUUAAAACAGUGGCACAAGACCUCUUGUGAAGGUCACCUGCACUUUUCCCCUUCUACUUCUCCCCCACCCCUUGCCAACUCCUACCUUUGGAGAAGGACAUCUUUACAAACUGAUUUAGGUUGAAAGUGUACAUUUUUGUGGGCAUGGGGUUGGAUUGUGCAAAAAAGAUUUUUCCAGUUUUUUUAUCAUUUUUAACCUGCAGGAAAUUUAUAUCUGUGUGUCACAAAUCUCUGGCGCUGUCUUGAAUUUCUGUCAGCUACACCUGAGCAUCUGAAAGAGCAGGGACAAUUUAGUAAAUCUCAUUUUUUUGUGUGUGCUUUUUUUUUACAAACAAAAAAUAGAUGAUAACUGUAACCUCAUACUUCUCUGUUCUCAUCAAAAUUCUUUCCUGCUUUUUCUUCCGGUGCUUUGUAAAACACAUACUCUUGAAUUAUGUGCUGCAGUCAGUUGGGGACAGUUUAUCCUCCCUAGGAUCUAUUUAGAUCUUGUCCCCCCUGCCCACAAAGCUAUGAAAUUCAUCCAGUGUGUUAGUCUGUUUCAUCAUAAGACCCUUUUCCCAGGCCGAUUUAAAAAAAUUGCCUCUCUGUUUUGUUUCAUUUUUUAAAUUUUGUUUUAUGGAAUAGGAAGGAUACAGAAGAAAUAACCAAUAAAGGAGGGCAGAUGUUUGACCCAUGUGUAACUGUUGCAACAUGUGCAGUCGAACUCUAGCACAAGGAUUGUAUGUAUGGAAUGUCUGGGAACAAGAUGACUGCUUGAUAAUCACUCAGGUGUAAAGAUCAAAGUGUAAAUAAAUGACAUUUUUAUCAAAGAGCUCUUCUAAAUGAAGUACAGUGGAUUAAUAUGAAUUACGAACCACAUUUGUCAGUAACAUGCUAGACAUUGGAGAGGUCACACUAGUGCUAAUGCCCUAAAUGGGAUGUGUGUGUGUGUUGGGGGUGUUGAUAAUGGGUUAUCAGGAGAACUUCUAAUACAUGUGAAACAUUUUUACACAGGCUGAUAAAGUCUUUGCUUACAUCAGAACAGACAUUUGAAUCUUAUGGCUGUGAUCCAUGGAAUCCUUCUUAAUGUUUUAAUGCUGUUUUUCCCCCUUUAAUUCCUUAUUUAAGAGUAGGGAGACAUGUAACUGUAAAACCAGGUAAAAUGAAGAGGGGGGAAAUGCAGUCCUCCUCCUGAAGUGGAUUCUUGUCAAGUGGUGUAAACUGUGUGGCUUUAUUUACUAUAUAGUCCAUAUAAUACACAUUGUGGACUAUUGUGUAAAUAUGUAAUCAUUCUGUUUUCCGUCUUUUCCAUUUUUAAGCUACUUUUCUCAAGUUCUUGUGUACUUUUAUUUACUUACGUAUUUCUAACAUCCUUUUUUAAAGUGGAUUUCUAAAGUCUGCCAGUGUAUAGUUACUUGGGAGCCAUCAUGAUAUAUUAUGUAGAUAGGAAUCUCGACCACUUGAUUUUUCCCAGUAACAUAAUCUGUAGCAGCCAGUCUCCUUUAUACUGACGUUUCUGGUACAGAACUAUGUACUGUAAUUGUAAAACUCUUGGAAGGUUUGGCUUGCUCACCUGAUUUGUACAAAUCGGUGGCAUAGAUGCAUGGAAAGGGCAAGCACAGGUUAAAGUAAUGGUCUUUAUGAUUCCACCUAAUUAUAUUGUGGCUGUCCAGAAAAAUUUUUUGCAAUAGAAGCAUACUUUCUAAGACUGAAUUUCAUAAUCAAAGUACGAAAGACUUCCCUAAAUUGUAAAUAAAGCAUCACUUUUUCCCUUUCCAAUUUGGUUUGAGGACUUGAUUAAAUAAAAUAAAAUGGAAAUGUAUUAUGGACACAAGUGAAUGAGGUAGCUGCCCUCAUAUAUCCUUUGCAAGAGGUUCUGCUUUUCAUGGAAGUGACAGAAGAAUCUGUAGACACCGUCAUUUUUUCACUGGGAAUAAUGCAUUGAGAGAGUCAUUUUUCUCGGAUAGCUAUGAAACCUAUUGUGUAUGAAGGUAUAACAUUUUCUCCUCUUUAAGUGCAUGUGACAGUGAGUGAUGACAACACAGGCUCAUUGGGAGGGAUGGGUUUUUUGCUUUAAUUCAUUGAUGUCUUGGCAGCAUUCGUUACAAAUGUAUAGACUUCUAUAAAUAAACUUUGGUUGGUUUUAAUAAA